AUGACCACACCGUCUCACCCCCAACCCAAGAUUCAGCGGUUCCCUGUCACCUCAGAUGGUGCUGCGGUGUACAAAGCUCUUGCGGAUGACGGGGUCGUUAUUAUCGAAGGCUUUCUAUCUCAUAAACAGGUAGAUAAGCUAAACGCAGAUGUUAAUGAUCCACUGGUCGCGAUGAGGGAGAAUGGAAAGCUCGAGAAGUCAUUCAAAGAGGGCCAGUCUACGUUUUGGAUGGCUGAGCUCAUCCCACAGUAUGUCCAGCGGGUGCAUAAUCUCGUAGACUUCAGUCGGGUCUUUCGCCACGGAGUUCUCAACCACGAAUUAAUGCACCAGCUUUGCACUCUGGCUUUUGCAGACUCCGGCGACUACUGGCUGGGAUACAGCGCAGUUAUUGAGAACGGUCCAGGUACGAAGGAACAGUCUUGGCAUCGUGAUCAGCCAAACUAUCCGCUACUCCGAUCUGGCCCUGGAACUGCCGAGGGCAUGCUGAAUUUCUUCACGGCCUUGACCGACUUCACACCCGAGAACGGGAGAACUCAGUAUGUCUGGGGCAGUCACAAGAGGGGUGAAAUAGGUGAGCCCGAUGCCGAGCACCCGGUUCUAUUCAGCGAUCUCAAAACUGGAGAUACAGCGGUGCUGAGUGGCAAGAUGGUUCAUCGUGGCAGCGCAAAUAUCACGUCGGAUUUCUACCGCCGAGCGCUAGCGCUGAUGAUCAUACCGGGAGUUUUAACACCAUUCGACGCAAACUGCCAGAUUCCUCGACGAGUGGUUGAGACUAUGACACCGCUGGCGCAAAGGAUGAUUGGUUGGCGCAGCGUCAGAGUUUCGCCGCCCUCGGCGGUUGGGAUCUGGUGUUUGAACAUGAAGGAAGUGGGCGAACAGAUGGGCUUGAAAUCGAAUCAACCUGAUACUGAAGUAGAAGACGAGUAA